UUAGAUACAAGACAGACAUCCGCAAUGCUCUCUCUAUCAAACCAUGCUAAUAUCCUCCAGGGUGCGUUGACUUAUCUCUAAAUUAGCCUGUUAAAGCCCUCGGUCCCGAUAAUAUUGAGGUACCUAUCCCUACACUGGAAGCUUUGCUGACUUUCUACCUUCACGUUGGGCAGCAUUGCGAUUACUGAUCGAUGCCUUGAGCAUGUUCUCACAUGAACAUACGUUGACAGCGAGUAUACUUCUACUCAGUUAUGAGAUUCAUGGAGCUCAGCGAUCGGAAGACUAUAGACGCCACUUUCUAGGUCUAGCAAUCUUGAUCAAAGAGCGCGGCAUCAAUGCACAGUCGACUGGUACCGAUAGGGCGAAUUUCUGGAUCUACAUCAGGCACGAGAUUGUAGUGGCAAUGGCAAGCGAAAAACCACUGAUCUCCGAUCCGUCGGAAUGGGCGGUAUUAUGGGACGAGGGCGAGACGAGAGAAGAUGUACUCGGCAACCGUGUUCUUUGGAUUCUCGCAAGAGUAGUCAAUUUGGUCUUUGGAGAGAACGGCAAGAAUGAAGUUGGCAAAGCGCAACGAGAAGACUUCCUACAUGAAAUAGAGAUCUGGCGCGCAGGGCUCUCAGAAACCUUUGUCGGUAUCCCUUACGGCGACAAGGAUGAAGAUGGCUUCCGCAGAGUGUACUUUCCUGUCACGGCAGCGGCAGCUGCUGCCUUUUGGUACCACAUUGUCCACAUCCUUCUCUACACCGAACCGACUCUCCAGGACGAGAGCUACAUUCCUCUAAUCCAGGAGCAGGCAAUGCAAAUUACCAACAUUGCUAUCUCAGAUUUUCCACCAGCGUUGAAAGUCUUUUCCACGCAUGGAUUGUUUUACGCUGCCAAACACAUACACGGCAUUUCCCGAAAAGCGCGCAUCUGGAAAGUUCUAGACGAUGUCGAAGCACAUACUGGAUACAGUACACGAACUACCGUAAAGCUUCUCCAAGCUCUUAUAGAGGACGAGAUGCAAUAAUAGACUCCAAAAUCUUGGCAAUGGAAAACCGGAUAGUAAAGGCUGAACUCAAAUUUUCAAGUUGGAAAAGCUUUGGCCUUCCUUAAUGUUCUCUCGGCGCAAGGCUGAGGCAAGAUAUCAGCCAGCUCGCUUGCUGUGCUGCCGGGAUGCAGGGGGUGCAGCCACGGCGUUACAGAAGAGGGGGCUUCGGGCGCGUAUCCUCAACUCAUCGCACGCAGCAAUGAGGCAGAUUCUCGAAGCUUCCUUACCUUAGGUGAUAACAUUGACUGCAUGCUGGAUUUCGAAGGCAUCUAUUACCUACCUUUCUAUGCAUCGGUCCGCGAUCUGUUGCUGAGAUU